GAGACGCUACGAUGUAAACUUAAUCACAAACUCCUGGGUUAAGCUCGAUCGAUCUGGUUCCCUGUAGUGACCAAGCUAGCGAUAGUUUACUCUGUGUGUGUGUGGAAGAAUGGCGCGUCAGGGGAGCACGACGCGGCGGCCGCGGCCAACGACGUCGAAGUGCAUCGCGGCGGCGCUGCUGGCGAUUGUCGUCUUGCUGGUGAUCAUCGUCAUCCUGUGGCUGACGGUCCGCCCGGCGAAGCCGCUGCUCGUCUACGUCGACCACGCCGCGGUGACCGGGUUCAACUUCACGUCCGGCGGCAGCCUCAACGGCACCUUCGACAUCACCCUGCGCGCAUACAACCAGAACAAGCGCGCCGCCGUGUGGUACAAGUCGGUCGAGGUCGGGGUGUGGUACGGCGGCACGUACCUCGCCGGCGCCGUGGCGCCCGGGUUCGACCUGCCGCCGCUGAACGUGAAGAGGAUCGACGUGGCCGCGCCCGCCGUGAGGGCGGCGCUGCCGCGGGGCGUGGAGGCGACCGUGAAGAAGGACAGGUCCGACGGGAAGCUGCCGGUGGACGUGCACAUCAAGGGCAAGGUGCGGUUCCGGUACGGCUUGGUGAGGACACGGCGCUACAAGUUGCGCGCGAGCUGCUCGCCGGUGGUCGUCGACUUCUCGUCGCCGAGCUCGUUCGAUCGGGUGAACUGCCACGUCCAUAUCUGAGUGCGCGCCGGCGGCGCGUUCACGACUGAAUGCAUGGCAAAUUGUACACAUCUUGCGUGUUUUCUCUCUGCUUUGAGGAUUUGUUUGUGUUUGGAUUGAUUCGGUUGUUAAAUACUGGUUUGUGACAUUUCUUCACUUGUAUUAUUCAUUUUUUUAAUAUUUUUUCUUCGGUGUGUACAUGCGUAUUUCUCCAGCAUCUAAUUUGUGGGAGGAAAGGUUCAUGAAA